AUGGAUGGGCAAGGCAGCGAGGGUACCGAGUUGGGCGACGUCUUCGUGGCUCUCAAGGAGUCUGUGCGGGGGCAGUGGGACGCGGAGGCUGACGCCUUGCUGUUGAAGGGACUCAUGACAUUGCAGGCAAAGUUUUUGGCUCGUUUUACUUCCGUCCGUGAUGAGGUGGAGAGCCUUGGAAAGGACGUCUGCACCGCCUCUGUCCGGGUGCAGAAUGCCAUGAAUUCCUUCGUCCUUCUUUCGCAAAAACAGUUCGUCCAAAAUCGUGUCUCCGUGGACGGUGGAGACGAUGACGGUGACAGCUACGAGGCGAAGCGCGAAGCGGCGUCGGAGGCCACCCACCCCGGAGACGAGGACCGAUCGCUGGCGGACGAUACGACAAUGGAGGACGCGGAGGCGAGAGCAACGCGUGUGUACCAGGAAGCCAUUGAGCUUGGGCUUCGCGUGCUGGAGAAGCGGACGAUACCGCUGUUUGCACGCAGCGCCGCUUUGGAAGGACAGGCUGGCGCAAGCAGCGACAACGCACGGGACGGAGAUGAUGACGGCAACCUCUCCCAGUCUACCUUUCAUCACUACCGCCGUCGACACUUUAUGGCGUUCAUAGGCUCGGAACGAUUCCUUAAUGAUCCAUACGGCGGCUACUACGAUGAUCGGGGGCCGUACUCACGGGACGCCUCCUCAGAUCGCGUCUCAGACGGUACGACGAAGUCGGUGUCGGUGAGCCCGCGGUGGGUACCGACACCCAACACGACCACCGUUGCACAAUCGACCAGUGCUCCGCCACCACCGCCACCACCGCCACCACCGCCACCACCGACCACCGCUCCACCACCACCACCACCACCACCACCACCACCACCACCGACCACCGCUCCGCCACCACCGCUUCCAGCAGCGAUUUCAGGAAAAGCAGUGAAGUCAGGGACGGAGGCACCCCGGUCUAUGAAAAGUUUUAUUGCCAAUUUUUUUGCUUCAUCUGAUAGUUCUGAUGAGCUGAGCACGCACCCAGCACCAACUUUGCAGACCAAGCCUGGUGGAAAGCAGGCAAGUGCGUUUUUCAGGGGCAGGGACUCAACAGACUCAUCCUCUGACGAUUCAUCUACGGUGCUCGCCCCAAAGGUCCCGGUCAAAACUGCGUCAGGGCGAGAGGCCGUCAUGCUCGCAGAUGACUCCUCGUCUGACAGCGACAGCAGACCUUCGCCCCCGGCAAUGCAAACCAGAAAGGCUUUUUCAAGAGUGCUAUUGAAACGGGAUCCAUCCUCAUCCUCGUCGUUCUCCCCUGAAGCGGAAACCGCAGAGGCUGUUUUGCCUCCUAGAGCUGUGGUUGAUAGCGCCGGUUCCGGUAUUUCGUCAAAGAAGGCAUUGCCAAAGACUGCCCUACAAAAUGCAGAGGCAACCCCCUUUAGGUUCAACAGCAGUUUGAGUGAUGACACAAUCCCAGUCCUACAUGGCGUGACUCGACCGGCUGCAGGCCACGCCAUAAAAAAAACCUUGGGAAGUGUUGCGUUAAAGUGUGAGGAAAUUGUUGCAUCCGCUGACGACAAUAAGUGGCAAGCGCCACAAUCGUGGGUUGCCACUUCUUCCGCGUCUGCGCCUACUUCUGUCACUCCAUCUUCUGCAGCAGGACGGAAACCGUCCUUGGAGGUGGAGCAGACAUCCCCAAAGGUGAUUGUUUCUCCUUCCAGGCACGUAGGCAGGGCCAUGUCGACAUCCUUCUUGGAGACGGAGGGCGCCACAGUUGGAAAAGUUUCCCUACCGCCACCACCUCCUCCUCCUCUCAAGAGAAGCGAAGUCAAAGGUAUGACUCAUUUGUACAGCAGCGACUCCGAUGUUGGAGAGGCUGCCCACGCAGCUCCACGUGUGAUUCGCAAAGUGACGACCAAAUGGGCGACAAACCGGCGUCGAGUGUACAGCAGUGACUCGGAUAUUUGA